AUGAGUUAUCCACCAGAUGCUUCACGUUCAUGUCAUGAAGCUGAUGGACGUAGUGAUCGAAGCGGUGGUAGUGGUGGUGCAGCUAGUGGGAGUGGGGGUGGUGGUGUUUAUGGAACAUUAUGCAGUGCAUUUGGAGGUAGCAAAUGGUCAAGCAGUACUGCAUCAUAUGAAGUUGGACCUGAUCCCAUAAUUUCCGUAGCUCCAUCAAAUACAAAUGAACGGAUGAUUUCAAAUUGGAAGAAAUGGUCGUUAGGUUUGGAUUAUUUACUUCAGGAUAGUGAAGGUGUAGCCCUUUUUAAAUCUUAUCUUCAAUACGAAGGUUGUGCAAAUCUUCUUGAUUUUUGGUUUGCAUGUCAAGGUUUCCGGAGUAAAGUUGAUCCUUCUGAUCACCGAAAAAUAACUCAAUUGAUUAAAGCAAUUUAUCGUACGUACAUUAGAGGGGCUAGCAGUAGUCUUAAUUCUCAACCUCUCCUUUAUUUGGGGAAGCAACAGUCCACUCCUGUGCUACAAAACCGAAGUGAACCUAUUCGUCUUAGGUCAGAGACUAGGCAUGCUAUCACAGAAAGAAUUUCACGUAAGCAUACUUUAGACCAAACUGUGUUCGAUUCGGCUCAAGCAGAAGUUGAACACUUUCUACGAACAACAGCAUAUCCUGCUUUCCUUAAAUCUGAUACUUAUGUCGACUUCCUACAAACAGCUCUGGAAGGUUCUAUUCGUAAGUUUCCUACGUGGGAACAAACGGUCUCUACCUCGUUAUUCCCAUAUACUGGUGACAAACAGUUAAGUACAGCUACUAACCUCUCAGAAUGCCCGUCAAACAUGGCAUUAGGAGGGAAAGUUCUCCCAACUUUGGAUGAAGAUCGUGAGUUGCAGUCUGAAGAACUGUCACUAUUGCACCCUUCAAGGCAAGCUUGCAGACCUGCUUGUUGUCAAAUACUUUCAUUAACUGAUACAGCUGCUGUUACGCCUGAUUAUGGUCAUUGUCAACACUGUAAGAAAUGUCAGUUAUAUAAUCCAUGUUUACCACUGGAUUAUUCUCAACCUAUCCUAAGACCACCAUCGUGUUAUCAACAAUCGCCAGUUGUGCCUACUAGUUCAGCAGCACCUCUAACUAUGGAAAAUUUGCAAAUGACUCGAUUUUAUCGUACAGAAUUAUCGCUACAACGUUCUUAUUUUAAUCCAUCUCAAAAUCCUUAUGUUACAAGACCUAAUCAAGAAGGUGAACCUGUUGGACAUGCACAUGUAUCACGUGCUUGUAGUUCAACUCCAUGGCGUUUUCACAAUCGCCCCAACUACGCUUACACUCACUGGGCAGAUGCGAUGUGUCCACCUUCUAUGGAUCCACGUUUAGGAAAUUUGCCCAGUCAACCGCCUAAUCCAUAUCAUAUCUCCUAUGCACCAGUUUCAGCACGUGACUCAGAACAUCAUAGUCUUUCAAGUGAUGCACGAACUGAUGAUACUCAUUCACAUACAGAUAGUAGCCACGACGGUGCUUGCAAUCGUUUACGUGCUCUUAAUCAUCGUUAUCCAAGUCCAUUUCAAUCAUCACGUUCUCAUAAUAACAAUAAUAAUAGUAAUAAUAGUAAGCGUCAAAAUCAACUCUCCCAUCAUCAUCAUCAUCAUCAUCACCAUCAUCAACGUCAUCUAUCUACCGGUCCACAAGGGAGUAAUAGUGGUGUUGGUGAAUUAAUGGUACAGUGUACUUCUCCUAAAUCAUCAUCAUUUCCAACUUCUUUUCAAAGCCGUUUACAACAAUCUAAUCCAUUUUGUCGAAGUCCGAUUGGGAUUGGUGGUGCUGGUGGUGAUAGUCGUAUCAAUUAUCCUUUGGAGACUUUUUCAACCAAUCCAAGUUGUCCAAUAAGUACAGCUCCUAUUACUACUAGUAAUAAUGGAAAUAAUCAAGGGGUUGGAGAGAAAAUCGCUCAACAUUCAAUAACAGAUCCAAUUAAUAAUAAUAAUAAGUCACAACAGCAAAAACAUCAACGUCGUCUAGCUAGACGUGGUGCCAGUUCUCGUCCUUUCAGUGAUAAAACAAAACUACAUAAUAAUAACAAUUAUUGUACGGUUGGUAGUGCUGCUGCUGCUGCCUCUUCUGCUGGAAAUCCCACCGGAUUGAAUGUUCCAGUUAAACCAAGUAAUAAAUCAUCAACCAGUCGAUCAUACAGCAUGGCUGAACAUGAUCCAAAAGCUUUUGCACAAAUUUUAUCAGAGAAACUACAACGUUUAUUAAAUAGUCAAUUAGUUACAGAACGUCUUGACAAUCUUAUGAUUGAAACUAGUCCAAAUAUUCAAGAAAGUCAAGAACAAGUUAAUGAUGAAAGUACCAAUGUAAUGAUUACAGAUUAUAAUAAUAAUAAUAAUAAUAAUAGUAACAAGUCUAAGAAAGAUGAACCAUCUAUUAUCAGUAAUACUUCAACUGUUAUUACAUUCACAACAACUAAUUGUUCUAUGGUUACAAAUACUACUAAUAUUAUUGAAACUACUACUACUACUACUAUUACCAAUACUACUAAUACUAAUACUAAUACUACUAAUUUAACAAAUACUCAAUCAAAUUUUAUCAUUCAUAAUAAAAUUACAUCAUCUAUUAAUAAUCGAUUAAUGAAUGAUAAUACAUCAACUGUUGCUGUUAUUACUACUACUACUAAUACUACUACUACUACUACUACUACACCUUCAGUACUUCAACGUCCAUGGGCUGAUAAAUUAUUAGCUGCUGCUCGUGUUCAACAUGAAAAUACACGUGAAAAUGCUCAGGCUAUUCUUGAAGAUCAUUGUUCAAGAAUAUGGGCUGCAUCAGCUGAUCGUACUCCAAGUAGUGGAGGAGGAGGAGAGAGUGGCGAUGGAAGUAGAGGAGGUGGUCAUCUUCGUGAUGUUGAUGAUGAUGAUGAUAACAACGUUACUAAUGAUAUUGAUCAUAUUGGAAUUGGUAUAGAUCUUAGUAUGCAUUCAACUAGAUCUCAUAAUACUACAACAUUAGAUGAUAAUUCAUCUCAAAGAAAUAUUUCAUUGAAUAUAGAUGAACGUUCAUAUUAUCCAUCUACUUCUUUAAAUUAUAAUAGAUCAUAUAUUACUGAUAAUAAUGUUAUCAGUAGUGUUAAUUGGUCACAUCCAACUAAUGAUAUAACAAAAUCGCAACAAACACAUGAUAAUCAUUCAUCAUCAUCUUAUUCUAUCAUUGAAAAUAAUCAAACUAUAAAUCAUUGGAUGAAUAAUGAAAAUACACAAUGUAUACCUAACAAUAAUUCUAUAAAUCCAUAUAAUAAAUCUUCCAAUACAAUUGAUCCAUCAAGUACAAAAUCAUUACCAGUAAUCGUUCCACCAUGGUUUGCAUCAUUUUCUCAAUCGAAAUAUUCGCAUAAAACAUCAGAUAUUCAAUUACAUACACAUUGUACAGAGCCUUUAGUCGAUUCUAUUAAUACCACUGAUGCUGCAAUAUCUAUACAUGAUACAGAUCGAACGGAAAAUAGUCCAAUUAAUAUUGGUAGUAGUAGUAGUAGUAGUGGUACUACUGCUACCACUACAACGACUACAGCUUCUACUACAACUAGCAGUACUAAUGAUCAUCAUCAUCAAGGUUCUGUUACAACUAACACCACAUCUCAAUCAACUCAUUCUUCAUCAACAUCAGCUGUUUCUGGGACGUCGAAUUCCACACCAGGAAGUUCCGGUGUAGGUGUAUGCACCUCGUCCAAUUCACUUGUUAUAGGCUAUUAUAUGGGUGAUGAUCCGGUACCCUAUAGAAGUUUAUGGCCAUCGUCAGAGAUUACACUUGGUCAAUUUAAACAAUUAAUUCCAAAGAAAAAAGGCUUAUUCCGAUACUUUUUUAAGAAAAUUUCAGAUGAAUUCGAUUCCGGUGUUGUACAUCAAGAGAUUACAAAUGAUGAUACUAUUCUACCAUUAUGGGAAGGUAAAAUUGUUGCUAAAGUUGAACGAAUUGAUUAA